CGAUAGUUCGUUUCUCGAGCACACAGUACUUCCAUCAUGGCAGGCAGUAAGUUGGUGCUGGAAGGUAGAGUAAGUGUAAAAGCAUUUGUUUUAGGACUCAGCGUGAUUGUAAUUCCAUUAAUCAGAACGUGGUUUGGACAUCUCGACUGGGUCUUUGAUUAUCUGACGGAAACUCCCGGGAAAAUAGUGAUUUGUAUCCACAUUGCAGUUAUCAACGGCCUCUUGCUAAUCAUAUACAGAGGACCUCUAUACAAGGUUGCUGUGAGAGCCUGCUUUCUGGGAGUUGCUUUUGGCUGUGGCUUAAUUAUAAGCUGCUCUGAAACCACUUGGACACAUUUCGGCUGGUACAUGUGCUCGCUGUCAUUCUUCCAUUACUCUGAGUACCUGGUGACAGCCAUCAUCAACCCUCGCAGCCUGUCACUAGACUCAUUCCUGCUCAACCACAGUGUGGAGUACACCCUGGCUGCGGUCUCAUCAUGGGUGGAGUUCACUGUGGAGAAACUGACCGUUCCAGAGCUGAAGCAGCUGAACUGGGUGAGUGUCGUGGGUCUGCUAAUGGUGUUGUGUGGUGAGGGCCUGCGGAAGGCAGCCAUGUUGACAGCUGGCUCUAACUUCAACCACAUUGUCCAGAAUGAGAAGGCCCAGAGCCAUGUGCUGGUCACCACUGGGGUCUACUCCUACUUCAGACACCCGUCUUAUGUGGGCUGGUUCUACUGGAGCACAGGAACACAGGUCAUGCUGUGUAACCCUGUGUGUAUACUGGGCUAUACGAUAGCCAGCUGGCGGUUCUUCCGGGAGCGAAUUGAGGAGGAGGAGCUCUCCCUCAUCCAUUUCUUUGCCGAGGACUAUGUGGAGUACAAGAAAAAGGUUCCCACUGGGCUGCCCUUCAUCUCAGGCAUCCAUGUCAACUAGUCCCUGGACCUGGAUGCUGGACUCAGCAGACUUUAAGCACUAAGGCUCGUCAGACCUGGUGGGUGUGUGGCAUCUGCCAUUGUGGCUGCCCUCCAGAGGGAAACCCUGCAGCUGGCUGAGAGCCUGUAGCUCACAGACAGAGACUGUGACAACUGGGAUGGCGGCACGCAGCUGGGCUGCUGUUUCUCUACCAACUUCCAAAUCCAGUUAAAGACCGGACAACCUCCACUGUACCACAUGUAUUCCAAUAACACCCAUCCCAUCUGUUUAUGUUUGCAUGCUUAGACCAUGCUAAGAGUUUUCACUGAUGACCUGCUGUUUAAAGAUACUGCACUGGGAUCUUUGAUGUCAUAAAUCAGCAGAGAGUUAAAUGACAAUUCUCUGAAGUUUAAUGCAAUGUUUGGAGGGAAUCCAUCAUGUUUAUUUUUUUUUCUUUAAUGAUAUGAUAUGAAUAUUUUUAAGAAGUUGCCACCAUUGUCCCUAGUUCAGUAAAAAAUCCACUGUUCCUAAAUGUUCCUACUUUUGAGAAAUGCUUAAAGGUAAAGUGUGUAAGAAUAGGGGGAUUUGGUGAUGUCUAGCAGUGAAUUACAGAUUGCAACCAGCUAAAACUUCUCCUGGCUAGAAUUCCUUGAGUGUUCAUUGUUCAGAAUGUUUUUAUAGAGAGCCAAAUUAUCCACAACGAUCCAUUCAUCACCACAACAAACAGACCAGGUGAUUAAACUGGUAAAAACACUGAGUAAGGUGCCAUACACAUGCCAUGUUUUUGCGCCCUCAAAUUCAUUGUUUUUAAUGUAGACCCACAGCAGGUGCGCUCAAAUGCCAGAGUGACACCAUUGCAGCGCACACCCUUUCCCUAACGCCUGUUUUUCAGGGUGCAACAGUUGCGCCCUAAGAUAAACAGAGUUCACCUUUUGGAUCACAGCUGACAGACACUUCUCUCUUCAUCCGAGAAUCAGUCUGUAAAAAAUAUGGAGAAGUUGAUCAUUUUAGUGCAGGGCUGCCAGAGCUUUACAUCUGUCCCACAGAUAGUAGGCCUGGACACAAACCACACCUGGAAGAAGAUCAGCUCUGCACUCUCAAUUUCAGGUAAAUAGUUAUGAUACGGUGCUUGUUAAGGUUGCCUAGCAACCUUAGAUGCAGCCUGCUGCCACACUCUUGAAAGCUGGCACAAGACACAAAACGAGCAGCAACCAAUGCCCAACCUCUUGUUUUCCAGGCGAUUAAAGACAUGGCCUGUGUAUGGCCCCUAAAGCAGUUUCAUGUUACCAACCAGUGUAACUCCAGCGCUGCUCAUGCAGUUGGGCUUCUUACUAUGGCAGCUGACGCGAAAACUCAGACGGCCCUAUGUGGAGUCGGUGUUGGGUUUGUCUGAUCUUGGCUACUGUAGAAACAUGGUGGUGCAAAAUAGCGAUCUCCAUAAAUGAAGACCUGACCCAUAUGUAGACAUAAAUGGCUCAUACCGAGAUAAGGAGAACACAACAAUUCUUAUCUUCAGGUGAUUAUACAUUAAAAUAAACAUACUUAUUAUGUUAUGUUCUAUUUCUGUCAAUAUAUCCCCCUAAAUCCUACACACUGGACUUUUAAAGCAAUUCUCCGCUGGAAAUAGUAUCAUUUAGAUAUCAGUCAGUCAUCCCCUAAAGUAGAGCUCUUCACAGAUCCACUCUGUGUCUAGUAUCAAAGAGCCAUCUCUGGGCAUGAGGCUGUGUCAAAAUAAUUUUGAGUUCUAUCAGGUCCCAUAGGGUCCUGUUGUAUCGCUGCAGGUCUCCGAUCUGCAUGUAUCAUUAUGAGACCAAUGGAGAGUGUGAAAUGUGCAGGAUAAACAACGUGUUUGCAUUGUUAGGGCCAAUUCUCUAUUUUUGUUUUGUUAUUGUAAUGUGUUAAAACACGUCAUGUUAGAGUGUGUCUUCCACAGCAUGCACUACUUCGUCAUGCCAUGGCCUCCACAUCGCUCUGGAGCUCUACCACAACUUGUGUGUUUAGGGUGAGAGUUAAUUUAAGCAGCAGUUGAACAUUCACAUAUUUUCGGUCAUGUCCCUUAUGAUAAUGUAUUUUUUAAGGUGGAAAAUCCUUCAACAGAAUAGACCAUGUGCCGCUCAAGCUGUCCACUAAAACUAAGAAUAUUGGUAGCUCUUUAAACACCACAUUGGUAAACCGGUACAGUGGAGCAAGAAGUGACAUUACAUUUUUUUAAUUUAAGAAUUUAUACUCAGAAGCUUUAUGUAACAAUAUUAGAAGUAAUAAAUGUGUAAUAGGUUUCUAGCAGGUUUUAGGGACUCCUUAAAUGCAGUUUCUGUGGAAGCUCCAUCAUUUACAGAUCACUAAAUAUAUAUAGCCAGUAGUGGCCUGAUUUAUGUCUAACCCUGAUAUCCACUUCCUCAAUGUGCACUCUAAAACACAAAUCACGGCAUCAGUUUGAAUGAAACUGUCAGGCAGAUUUUGAAGGUUUUUUUAUGAAGCUGCAUAAAAUGAUAAUUCCUUGUUUGUUUCUCUGUCAUUUAACUGUGACAUGUUUCUGUAGACAGGAGCAUGUGGCAUGAUAGAUUGUGAUUCUACAAGUUGUGUUUCAUCAAAGAAAACAAGAACUGGGUUUACCUCCUGAGCAUUGUCAGUACAGGAAUGGAAGUGUUGACAUCAAUCUCUGUUGUAGCCUCUCAUUUCAUUUUUAAUAUAUAAAUCUUGUUUUUGCUUUGCUUUGCGAUAA